CUACCAUGCUUUCUCUCUCUGCCCUUUAUUAUCAUCACCUUCUCUGAAUUCCAGGGGUUUGGGAUCUUUAAGCAUUUUGUGCCAUUUUUUACUCAAUUGGUUGCAGUUCAUGGCCGCUCCCUGAAUUUCUUUCUCGACCCAUUAUCUGGAACAUCUCCAAUUUCUCGAUGGAGGUUCCAGAGAACGAGUCAAAGAAUCCUGAUUGUCACAUCACAUCGGCUGCGGCUUUUGUGGAUGGAGGAAUUCAGGAGGCCUGUGAUGAUGCUUGUAGCAUAUGCCUUGAGGAAUUCUGUGAAAGUGAUCCUUCAACGGUGACCAGUUGCAAACAUGAAUUUCACCUCCAAUGCAUCCUUGAAUGGUGCCAGAGAAGCUCCCAAUGUCCCAUGUGUUGGCAAUCAAUUAGUCUGAAGGAUCCCAACAGUCAAGAGUUGCUUGAGGCGGUAGAACGAGAGAGGAACUUUAGGGCUGCUCCACCAAGAAACAGAACUAUAUUCCAUCACCCUACUCUCGGUGAUUUUGAAUUGCAGUUGCCAGUGGGCACAAAUGAUUCUGAACUUGAAGAGCGGAUAAUGCAGCACUUGGCUGCUGCUGCUGCAAUGGGACGGGCUCACCACAUUGGCAGGAGGGAUGGCCAGAGGAGUAGGUCAUCUGCCCAUGGUCGUCAACACUUCUUGGUUUUUUCUGCUCACCCCAGCACACUACCUUCUGAGUCUGUUUCUUCCUCUCUGACUCAACUAGGAGAGGGAAGUGAGUCUGCUGCAAUCUCUGCAGCUAGUCCAUCUUCGCCACUUAUAUCUCAUGGAGAUGAACCAUCUCAGCAGAUUCCACAACGCGCUUCAGUUCGAGCCAUUCCAAGUUCUUUAAUAUCUGGAUCUAACAGCAGUCAAUCAAAUCAACGAGGAACUUUAAACAGUCUUCAUGAUCUUCAUCUCGGUCAUAGUCGAUCCGCACCACCAAAUCAAGAUAGAGCAGGACCAUCAGAACUUCAAUCCUUCUCAGAGACCCUGAAAUCUAGAUUUAGUGCAGUAUCAAUGAGAUACAAAGAGUCCUUUUCAAGGAGUACGAGAGGGUGGAAGGAAAGGCUAUUUUCUCGCAACAAUUCUAUGUCAGAGCUUGGUUCUGAAGUGCAGAGGGAAUUGAAUGCUGGAAUUGCCAGUGUAUCCCGAAUGAUGGAGGGCCUUGAAACCAGGGAAAAUACUAGUAUCACCAAUGACACAUCUGAAUCGACUCGUUUGGGCGAUAGUUCAGGUUUGGAGCACAUCAACCGGGACAAUGGUGAGACUCCUUGCCCUUUGGAUGAAGGCAAGGCAGCGGCUUCUGGUGCUACAAGUUCGUCGUCUAGUUGUUGAAUAUUGCGUCAGUAAUUGCAUUUAUGCUCGGCAUUUCAUCUUUGAAGGUUGUGACUUGUGAGUCAUUUCCCCAAAAAUGAAAUGCUGAGGAGAAGAUGCUUCUUGCAGUUAUGGGACAGGAACCAAAUAAGGGGAAGAAGCUUCGAGGGAAAAUCUUGUGUCCGGACAUUCACAAAUGGGUGUGUGUGUAUGGAAACUUGGCGCAUAUUAAGUUUUAUUUGAUAUGAUGUGGUGAUCUGUUCAUAUUAUCUUAAUCGUUGAGGAUGAAUUGAGGACGUAACGGGCCGUGCAAACGUAUUUUAUUUA